AUCAUACUAAGUCAGAACGUAUCCAGUUACAAACAAAAUGAGCAUUCCCACGCUGCUACUGCGUCCUUCCCGACGUUUGCCAAACAGCCUGUCAAGAGUGCCUUCCCCACGUCUCCACUCCAUCCUCCACUCAGGUCGUCCUGCAUCAGGGGCACCGAGCGCUCUGCCGCAGGCGUUAGGACACCAUUGUACUAAGUGGCUGCUGCUGUCCGACGGCUUAAGGAGAACGUUAUGUGUCCAGGCUACCUUGAAGGGCCACACAGAAGGACUUUCUGAUAAAGAGCAAAGAUUUGUGGAUAAACUUUAUACAGGUUUAGUCCAAGGACAGAGAGCUUGCCUAGCGGAGGCCAUAACUCUUGUGGAAUCAGCUCACGCCAAGAAGAAGGAGCUAGCCCAGACGCUUCUUCAGAGAGUCCUGGCCCACCAGCGUGAGCAAGAACGCCUGAACCAAGGAAAGCCCCGCACGUUCCGAGUAGGACUGUCUGGGCCCCCUGGUGCAGGAAAAUCAACCUUUAUAGAAUAUUUUGGGAAAAUGCUGACUGAGAGAGGGCACAGAUUAUCAGUGCUUGCUGUGGACCCAUCUUCUUGCACCAGUGGCGGGUCCCUCUUAGGUGAUAAAACCCGGAUGAUUGAGCUAUCAAGAGAUAUGAAUGCAUACAUCAGGCCAUCUCCUACCAGUGGGACUUUAGGAGGCGUGACAAGGACCACAAAUGAAGCUAUUCUGUUGUGUGAAGCAGGGGGCUAUGACAUCAUUCUUAUCGAAACUGUAGGUGUGGGGCAGUCGGAGUUUGCUGUUGCUGACAUGGUUGACAUGUUUGUUUUAUUGCUGCCACCAGCAGGAGGGGAUGAGCUGCAGGGCAUCAAAAGGGGUAUAAUUGAGAUGGCAGAUCUGGUAGUUAUAACUAAAGCUGAUGGAGACUUGGUCGUGCCAGCCCGCAGGAUCCAAGCAGAGUACGUGAGUGCCCUGAAGUUGCUCCGCAGGCGCUCAGAAGUCUGGAGACCAAAGGUAAUGCGCAUUUCUGCCAGAAGUGGAGAGGGCAUCAGUGAAGUGUGGGAUGCAAUGAGAGAAUUUCAAGACCUGAUGCUGAGCAGCGGGGAGCUGGUCACCAAGAGGCAGAAGCAGCAGAAAGUCUGGAUGUGGAAGCUCAUCCAGGAGAACGCCUUGGAGCACUUCAGGACCCAUCCCAGCAUCCGAGAGCAGCUGCCUCUGAUGGAGAGAAAGGUCGUCAGCGGGGCCCUCUCCCCAGGACUAGCAGCAGACUUACUGUUGAAAGCUUUUAAAAGCACACACUAAUAAAUUUUUCCUGCACCAUCAUAUUAUAAAGUUUCCUCGAGCACUUAAUAUCUAAAAUAUCACCUGUGUGUUUAUACUGGGAUUCCUGUAUCACGCCCCAGCUGACUUGUAUGA